AUGAGAAACAAAUCGGAAAUUGCUUAUAAAUCGAAUAAAACAGCUAAUAAUCUAACGCCUGAAACAACAAAAAAACCCAGAAAUUUCUCAACAUUGUCCAAACUAAUGUCUCAAAAAGAAUCGAAAAAACCUACAAAACCCAAAACACGCAAAUCGAAAACCGGGGGGGUAAAUAUUAAAAAAAAAAACAAUCAAAACACAAACACAACGAACUCUAAAACUUCAAAAGAUUCGACACCAACAAAUCUCCAAGUUAAACGGAGAUCAAAACGAGAUGCACAAGGUACGCCAAAUAAAUAUUUUUGGAGACCAACUGACCACGAAAAAAGGGCUUUUCAUUCAAACAAACCAUUUCAUGCGAACGACUGUGAUGACGAACAAAAUUCUGGCCAUUCACCUCUAUGGGGAUUUGAUGAAGAAAAUGGAAUAAUUAUUCCGUGUGACAAAAAUAGAACUUUGAAAUAUUUCGAAGAUAGAAAAAUCCGUAUGCAAGGACUCAGCCAUUCAAAUGAUAAAAGUGAGGACAAGAAUCAAACAAACAGGAAACAUUUUAAUUUGAUAUUAUUUCCAGGAAACAAAAAAAAUUCAAAAACCAGUCGAACUUCUACCCCAACAACAAAAGCCCACCAUAAAACCAAUUCAGUUCUUAAAGCGACGGCACAGGACGAUUCAAAAUUGAAAAUUGACAAAAUAAAGGGCGUCAACUUAUUAUAUAAAAUUGAAAAAUCGGAUGCAAAAAAUAAAAUGCUGGUUGAUAAUUCAAUGGCGAGAUUAAGAAAAAAAGACCCAAAAGGAUAUGUUCGUCAUUUCGAUGAACAUUCAGACGAGGAGAGAUACAAAGAUUGUAUUUAUUUAGGAGCUAACCCGAGAAUAUAUUUUUUAUUUCAACUGAUUUCCACAAAAUCAUGGAGAUUUCCGAUGCUUAUAGAAAUCGCCAAUCAAAUCGUUCAACGCUUAAAAGAUGAAUAUGGCACCACGUUGAAGCUAACGGUUGGAUACUCCAUUGAUUUGAAAAAAUUUAAAAAUACUACAAGCCCCUGUUCUACUCAUAAAACACUUUCCUUUAGACACAAAUGCCUUGUAAAUUAUAGUAGAAGUUUGAGAUCAAAAAAAAAAUUAGGAGGUAAAAAAGCUAGAACAGAUUACAAAAAUCCUGCCCGCCUUACAUCAAGAGAACUAUUAACAAACAAACUCAAAAAAUUUGAUAAAUUAGUAUUAGAGUAUUCGAAACAAAUUGUUGUGUUUAUGACUGAUCGAAGUAUUGACGAGAAACCCGCCAAUACAACUUCAUCAUCUCGAGUUAUCAGUAAGUUGAAACGCGCAGACACUUCCGCCCAUGCCUCACACCAACCUCACGAAAUUGUUGCUGUGUCCAUCGGUGAGAACUUCAACAGCAACGAUAAAUUGGCUGAUCUGUUAAGAGAUUUCAAAGUCAACCCAAGAAAUCGAUUGUUUGGAUUCAAUGAUUUGAAACUUGCCAACUUUGAAUCGACUAUGGACAACUUUAUAAAUUUGUUUUGUGCUAACGGAAAAAUAGGAGAUAAAACGUUUAAAAAAAUAUAA